GGAGGCAGGUGGCGGCGGCCGGCCCGGCAGGAAGUGGCGGCGGCUGCGGGAGGAGCGGCGGGCGGGAGUGCGGCGCCCAGCCCCAACACGCAGAGCCGGCGCCAUGGCGGCGCUGCCCGCGCCCGUGGGCCCCGGGGACGACGCCUCGGCCGUCCUGGACGAGCUGUCUCGGAAUUUCACGUACUGGGCACCGGGCCCGGGCAACGGCUCGCUGUCGAGCGCCUGGUACCGCAGAAACCAGAUUCAUCUUUUUGGAGUUUUGCUGGCUAUUUUAGGAAACCUGGUUAUCAGCAUUUCCCUAAAUAUCCAGAAAUAUUCUCAUCUUCAUUUGGCCCAGAAGGAGCAGCCAGAGCCUUGCUUCAAGAGUGUGCUGUGGUGGAGCGGAGCCCUGCUGAUGGCCAUAGGGGAGACAGGCAACUUUGCAGCCUAUGGAGUUGCCCCCAUCACGCUGAUCGCACCAUUGGGGUGUGUGUCAGUUACAGGUAGUGCCAUCAUUUCCGUUAUAUUUCUAAAAGAAAAUUUGAGAGCCUCGGAUUUACUAGGUAUGACACUGUCAUUUGCUGGAACAUAUCUGUUGGUGAAUUUUGCUCCAAAUAUCACCCAGGCUAUCUCAGCAAGAACAGUACAGUAUUACUUUGUUGGCUGGCAGUUCCUGGUCUAUGUGAUUUUAGAAAUCCUAGUUUUCUGCAUCCUUCUGUAUUUUCAUAAAAGAAAAGGAAUGAAGCACAUAGUGAUCCUGCUCACCCUCGUGGCACUCCUUGCCUCGUUGACUGUGAUUUCAGUAAGAGCUGUCUCAGGCAUGAUCACCCUUUCUGUGACGGGUAAAAUGCAGCUGACUGACACCAUCUUCUAUAUCAUGCUUGUCAUUAUGAUAGCCUCUUGUAUUUUCCAAGUCAAGUUCCUGAACCAAGCCACAAAGCUCUACACGAUGACCACAGUGGUGCCAGUCAACCACGUCUUCAUUACGACUAGUGCCAUCCUCGCAGGCAUCAUAUUUUACCAGGAAUUCCUUGGUGCUGCUUUUCUCACUGUAUUUAUAUAUCUUUUUGGGUGCUUUCUGUCAUUCCUUGGAGUAUUUUUAGUGACAAGAAAUAGAGAAAAGGAACAUCUACAACAGCCUUUUAUUGGUUUUGGGAAUAUUCCUGGGAAACAAAUGUUGGACAAAAUACAACCAGAUUCAAAUGGCUUAUCCUAUGGAACCUUGCCUGGUGGAAGUGACUCAACAAAGAGCCAAAGCGGAGAGAAGAAAGAAGCCUAAAAUGCCGAGAGGGAUGGCUGUUGGCCUGUUACCCGAUACCACCUUUUAAAGACACGCGUUCAGUGUGUCAGCAGCUAUUUCAUGCUGACAUAUGCACACAUUCAGUUCAGUCCUCUCCGCCUGUGGAGAGUCAGGCCUUCCUAACCUCUCACAGUCUAAUGCUUUCAUGGAAUGUCACUCAGUGCUCCUCACACCCUGAGCCUCUCCCUAGCGAGCAUCUGACUGGCUGGAUCUUAAUGAGAGCCUGGCUGCUUGAGCAGGAGUGUCACACAAAAAUGCGCGCUUGAAAUUUGGCCAUAGAAGGCCUGGGUUUCUUCUGCAUGUGGCUCACAGGGUCUGCGCGUUGGCUUCAAAAGCACCCUCUAGUGCUACAGCUUUAGCCUUUAAAAAAAGGUUUGAUGCUCUUUGUUCUCAGGUGUCUUCUACAAGCCUCUUGUAAGGAAUUCACUCCUUGUCCCUGUUAGGAUGGCGAGUCAUCGUCUCAGAAAACCAACCCUGUUAAAAUCUUCCUUUCAAAAUAAAGGGCAUCAUUAAAAAACAGAGUUUACAAGUGGCGUUCUGUGAUGGCGUAUGAUAAAAACUUAAAGACCUGCUACUGGCAUUUUUUUAAGCCUAAAAACUGGGAGCAUUUAAAAGAUAUGACUAUGCUCACCUCUGUGGCAUAUAUACCAAAACUCAAACAAUACAUAUAUUAUCAUGGCCUCUGUGUAAGUAUGACACACAAAUUUAUAAAGUGUUAAAAGUUACGCCAAUGUUUUUUUAAUAAAACUCAUUUUCUCCAACCUUAUGAUCCUAUUAUAUUUACAUUUAAACUGGAGAAAAACUUUAUGUCAUACACCUUAAAUUGUUACACUUUAUCAGGUGAGAUUAACUUUCAAUAAAAUUCUCAAAGUGGCAUUUAGUUUCUUAGGGUAUUCAUACUACAUGCAAUUUCUCCCCCUAAGUCCUCUGAGGCCUUGCCAAUUUUUCUAGAAAAAUUAGAGAUGAUUUGAACAGUGGGUUUCAGUUACUUGACUCUGGCCCUAGAAUACAGCCAAGCGGUCAAAUGUGAACAUAGGAGGCCUCGUGUGACUUCGCUGCGCCCGCUCACCAUGGGCCCACUCACAUGAAUUUGCAGACAGAAUCUGUAAUAAUGGUUUUCCUUUUGCCAUACCUAGCAUUUAAACAGUGAGAAAAGGGGACACAUUUAUUGUAACCAAAUAAUGAGGCCCAUCCUUAGUGACAUUUUAAAACCUCAGGUCACUCAAGCCAUUCUAUCCCAGUGUCACUGAAGACACAUGUGCUAAACUUGGAGCUAAUGAUAUACUAACCUUAACUAUGUCUAGUCUUUAAUUUUUUCUUUAUUAUAAUGUAAACUCCUCACCAAACUGGAAUAGCCCAAAGCCCAUGUCUGGCUUCUGUUCACAAUUCCUGCCACUGUGAAAAGUGUCCAUUAAUCUAGACGCAACAGUCAUAUAAUUAAUGAUGUUUUGCUGAAUGGGUACAUACGUUGGCUCUGGGAAGCUCAGAUAAGUUAUGUGUCCAUUGCUUUGAACUAUGGAUUUCUAGUAAAUCUUGACAUUGGUUUCAAAAACUGGGAAAAGAGUUUUACUUGACCUAGGACCACAUUCAUAGCUACAGUGCCCAGUUUUGACCAAAGCACUGUAGAAUUUCGCACAUAUACACACUUAACAACAGUAUGCUGCAGUAUUUGCAGUAUGCUGCAAUAUUUGCUUUAGAGGUUUUGAGAAAUUAAAUUCACUCAUGGGAUAUAGAAAUGCUUUUGAAAUAAAGGUUACACAUGUAAUAUAUUUUAGACCUAAUUUUACUAAUUGUGGUACCCAAACCAAGGUGAACAGAAGUUUUAGUCUGCUGGCUUAUCUUAUAUGUUGUUGUUUUUUUUCUCCUCUUUAGUAUUCAGUACCUAACAACCAAAGACAAUCCAUUCCUUCUGGCAUUGUAAGCUGGGAACCCUUGGCUAACAUUCAGCUCAUCUGACUAUUUUUCUAGAGCAAUGAUUGGCAAACUUAUUCAGUAAAACCUUAAAGAAUUAUUUGGGGGAUUGUGUUGUCCAUAUGGUAUCUGUCCCCUAACACUCAGAUAUUCCAUCAUAGCACAAAUAGAGCCAUGGACAAUAUGUAAACAAAUAAGAAUGGAUGUGCAUCAGCAGUUAUCAACAAAACUAAAUAGUAACCAAUCCAUGUUGGUAGUUUGCCAAGCCCUAGUCCAGACUCUUUUUGCCCUUGAUAUAUGACUUUCUUUUCUUUGUUUCUUGGCCACUGGAUAGCUAAAAGAGAAAAAAAAAUUUUUUUUGAUACUUCAUGUUUAUGACAAACCAGAUACUUGAUAUUUACAUUAAGAUAAGUUUGCUUAUAUAAGAUAUAAAUGGAUUUGUUGAGUUUAUUCUCAGAGUCCAACUUUGGCUCUUUGGACACUACUAAACAUGCUGGAAGAAUUUCUCCAAUCUCACACCAUGCUGAUAAUAACUUUAAGAAUUAUCUCUCAGGCAGGUGACUAAUGCAGAGGUCUCUACCAUCUAAUUGCUUUGCUUUCCCUACACUAUUACACUUUUUAUUAUCAAAUCCUUUGAAAAAUAAUACAAUAAAAAGAUUGGGCGA